CUCCCUCACAGGGGGCCGGAGAGCAGCCGCUCCCUCUCCCGCCGUCGCCGCUGCCGCUGCUGCCGCCGCCGCCAUGGACGAUUCCGGCAUCAUCCGGCGCCGGAGGCUUCAGUCACCUUCUAGUGGAAAGAAGAGAUACUACGUAGGAAAGUCUCGGGAAUGGGUUAGGGAGUGCCAAGAUGCGGGGAGUGCGGACCGACUACAUCUAGGGUGAAAGAGCAAUUAGUGUAGCAGGAGAGAGUUCGGUCAAACGGCAGUAAGAACUCUGGGUGUCGAAGGAGGAAGGUUCAGAAGGAUCUGCCUCUGCCCAGAAAGAGUAGCAGCAGCAUGUUCCGCCGCACCAAGAGCUGCCGUACCAGUAAUAGGAAAAGCCUCAUCUUGACCAGCACGUCACCUACUCUACCGAGGCCCCACUCUCCACUCCCUGGACACAUAGGCAGCAGCCCCCUGGACAGUCCCCGCAACUUCUCACCCAAUACUCCUGCCCAUUUCUCGUUCGCCUCCUCUCGCAGGGCAGAUGGACGCCGCUGGUCUCUGGCCUCCCUCCCCUCCUCUGGCUAUGGCACCAACACACCCAGCUCCACAGUCUCUUCGUCCUGCUCCUCCCAAGAGCGGCUUCACCAGCUCCCUUAUCAGCCCACGGUGGAUGAGCUGCACUUCCUGUCCAAGCACUUUGGCAGUACAGAGAGCAUCCCAGAUGAAGAUGGGGGCCGUCGCUCACCUGCUGCUCGGCCCCGCUCCCGAAGCCUCAGCCCUGGGCGCUCCCCUUCCUCCUAUGACAAUGAGAUCGUGAUGAUGAACCAUGUGUACAAGGAGAGGUUUCCCAAGGCUACGGCACAGAUGGAAGAAAAGCUGAGAGACUUCACCCGAUCCUUUGAGCCCGAGAGCGUGCUACCGCUGGCCGAUGGUGUCCUCAGCUUCAUCCAUCACCAGAUCAUAGAGCUGGCCCGAGACUGCUUGGCCAAGUCUCAUGAUGGCCUCAUCACCACUGUCUACUUCUAUGAGCUGCAAGAGAACCUGGAGAAGCUACUACAGGAUGCUUACGCACGCUCUGAAAGCCUGGAAGUUGCCUUUGUCACUCAACUAGUGAAGAAACUCCUCAUCAUCAUCUCUCGUCCAGCACGGCUGUUGGAGUGUCUGGAAUUUAACCCAGAGGAGUUCUACCACUUACUGGAGGCAGCUGAAGACCAUGCCAAAGAAGGGCACCUGGUGAAGACAGAUAUUCCUCGCUACAUCAUCAGCCAGCUUGGCCUUACCCGAGACCCCUUUCCAGAUGUAGUUCACCUUGAGGACCAAGACAGUGGAGGCUCCAACACCCCUGAGCAGGAUGACUUUGCAGAGGGGCGUGGUGCCACCCCCAAGACCAAGAAACCCCCUGGUGAGAGUGACUUUGAGACCAUCAAACUCAUCAGCAAUGGUGCAUAUGGGGCUGUGUAUUUGGUGAGGCACCGAGAGACACGCCAGCGCUUCGCCAUGAAGAAGAUCAACAAGCAGAACCUUAUCCUCCGCAACCAGAUCCAGCAGGCAUUCGUCGAGCGUGACAUCCUUACCUUUGCUGAGAACCCUUUUGUCGUCAGCAUGUUCUGCUCCUUUGAGACCAAGCGCCACCUUUGCAUGGUCAUGGAGUAUGUGGAAGGAGGAGACUGUGCCACACUGCUCAAGAACAUCGGGGCCCUGCCCGUGGAGAUGGCGAGGAUGUACUUUGCAGAGACCGUGUUGGCACUAGAGUAUUUGCACAACUAUGGCAUCGUGCACCGAGACCUCAAGCCUGACAACCUCCUCAUCACCUCCAUGGGCCACAUCAAGCUGACGGACUUCGGCCUCUCCAAGAUGGGCCUGAUGAGCCUCACCACCAACCUGUAUGAGGGUCACAUCGAGAAGGAUGCCCGAGAGUUCCUGGAUAAGCAGGUAUGUGGGACACCUGAGUAUAUCGCACCCGAGGUGAUCCUGCGCCAGGGCUACGGAAAGCCUGUGGACUGGUGGGCCAUGGGCAUCAUCCUCUAUGAGUUCCUGGUGGGCUGUGUGCCCUUCUUUGGAGACACCCCUGAGGAAUUGUUUGGGCAGGUCAUCAGCGAUGACAUUCUAUGGCCCGAGGGGGAGGAGGCCUUGCCUGCUGAUGCCCAACUCCUCAUAUCCUGCCUCUUACAGACCAACCCUCUGGUGCGCCUGGGUGCAGGCGGUGCCUUUGAGGUGAAGGAGCACAGCUUCUUCCGGGAGCUGGACUGGACGGGCCUCUUGCGGCAGAAAGCAGAAUUCAUCCCCAACCUGGAGUCGGAGGAUGACACCAGCUACUUUGACACCCGCUCCGACAGGUAUCAUCACGUCAACUCAUAUGAUGAAGAUGACACAACAGAGGAUGAGCCUGUGGAAAUCCGCCAGUUCUCCUCCUGUUCCCCCCGCUUCAGCAAAGUGUACAGCAGCAUGGAACAGCUGUCCCAGCACGAGCCCAAACCACCCACAAGUGGCAAGCGGGAAGCUGGCACCAAGAGCCAGGACGAGAAGGCUGCCAGCAAGCGCGAGGGGCUGGGCGGCCUCACCCUGCGCGACAAGAGUUGGAGGGGGGGGUCCCCCGAGAUCAAACGUCUGUCGGCCUCUGAGUCAUCCUUCUUGGAGGGGGAGGCCAGUCCCCCCCUGGGUGCUCGCCGCCGCUUUUCUGCCCUCCUGGAGCCCAGCCGGUUUAGUGCUCCCCAGGAGGAUGAGGAUGAAGGAAGGGUGCGGAGGCCUCCACGGCCCAGCUCUGACCCCCCUGGGAGCCUAGACAGCAGAGCCCCCAAGGAAGGAACUGCAGGGGACAGCACUCCAAGCACUGGAGACUCGGAGCCUGGUGAAUUGGUCCUGCCACCCAAAGAUGGAGACCCAUCAACACCCAAGGCCACAAAUGACCUGGUCAUUCGACGGGCAAGGCACCAACAGCAGAUCUCUGGGGAGCCCUCAGAGAAGCGGUCCUCACGUCCUGGGGGCAAAGUCAUCAAGUCAGCCUCAGCUACUGCUCUGUCCGUCAUGAUCCCCACAGUAGACCAGCAUGGCAGCUCACCCCUGGCCAGUCCUAUGUCCCCUCGGUCACUUUCUUCCAACCCAUCAUCGAGGGAUUCAUCUCCCAGCCGUGACUACUCCCCUGCUGUCAGCGCUCUCCGCUCCCCCAUCACUAUCCAGCGCUCAGGCAAGAAGUAUGGCUUCACCCUCAGGGCGAUCCGUGUCUACAUGGGUGACUCAGAUGUAUAUAGUGUCCACCACAUUGUAUGGCAUGUGGAAGAGGGAGGACCUGCCCAGGAGGCUGGACUCUGUGCAGGGGACCUCAUCACCCAUGUCAAUGGGGAGCCUGUCCAUGGGAUGGUGCACCCAGAGGUGGUGGAGCUAAUCCUUAAGAGUGGGAACAAAGUGGCCGUGACAACCACGCCUUUCGAGAACACUUCUAUCCGCAUUGGGCCUGCCCGGCGCAGCAGCUACAAGGCCAAGAUGGCCCGGAGGAACAAGAGGCCAGCGGCCAAGGAGGGUCAAGAGAGCAGGAAGCGCAGCUCCCUGUUCCGCAAGAUCACCAAGCAGUCCAAUCUCCUCCACACGAGCCGCUCCCUCUCAUCUCUUAAUCGAUCCCUCUCCUCCAGUGACAGCCUCCCUGGGUCCCCGACCCAUGGCCUGCCUGCUCGCUCUCCCACACACAGUUACCGCUCCACGCCUGACUCGGCCUACCUAGGUGCCUCUUCUCAAAGCAGCUCCCCAGCUUCCAGCACCCCCAACUCCCCAGCCUCUUCCUCUCACCAUAUUCGGCCGAGCACUCUUCAUGGCCUGUCCCCCAAGCUGCACCGGCAAUACCGCUCAGCCCGCUGCAAGUCAGCUGGCAACAUACCCCUGUCACCACUUGCGCACACACCCUCCCCCACACAGUCGUCUCCACCCCCACUGCCCGGCCACACAGUGGGCAGCUCCCACACCACACAGAGCUUCCCUGCCAAGUUACACUCCUCUCCACCUGUGGUGCGCCCACGCCCUAAGAGUGCUGAGCCCCCCCGUUCUCCACUUCUUAAGAGGGUGCAGUCUGCUGAAAAGCUGGGCUGCCCACUGGGUACUGACAAGAAGGGUGCGCUGCGUAAGCACAGUCUGGAGGUGGGGCACCCUGAUUUCCGCAAGGACUUCCAUGGAGAGCUGGCACUGCAUAGCCUUGCUGAGGCCGAGGGCGAGACAGGCCCCACAUCUGCUGCUGCUGAAGGGCCCGGGGCCCAGCGCCCCCCACCUAUGAGGCGACUGGGCCGCCAGGAAUCCCCCCUGAGUCUUGGUGGGGGAGACCCGCUCCUAGCCGGCCCACGGGGGGGUGAAGGUCCCAAGGAAGAAAAGUCAGCUGCCGGCCCAGGACCUCCUGGUCCAGGCAAAGUCCCAGAAUCAGAAGGGUCAGCCCGCAAGGAAAGGGAAGUGGGCGGCAGUAGGGGGGAGCCCCCAUGGUCAGGGGGCUGCCCGCCCCGGGCCCCAGCCCCAGGCCGGACUCUGGACCGAGAAGGGACAGGCACAAGACACCAGGGGGUGCAGACAGAGGAUGCAGGAGGGGCAGCCCGGGCUUUAGCCAAGGCCGCCCUGAGCCCAGUACAAGAGUAUGAGGUGGGCAGACGCAGCAGUGCCGGCGAAGCAGCCACCUCCCCCCGGGGGGGCCCAGGCAAUGACCUGCCCCCUGUACCCAUUGUGGUGGAGCCCACAGCUGAGGCCAGUAGGCCUCCCCUGGAGGCCCCCGGGGGGAGGGUGUCCAAGGAGCGCUGGGUGUUGGAGGUGGUAGAAGAAAGAACCACUCUGAGUUUGCCCCGAACUAAACCCAUCUCUCCCAAACUCUCUCCGGAGCCCCCAGGCUCUACCCCUGUUCCCCCCCCACCUUCUGCGAGGAAUGGGCCAGGCUCUGACCCAGGGCAUCCACAAACCCCCACUGCCCUCCCUAUCCCAGCUCUCCCAGGCCCCAAGAGUGAGUCAGGGCUGCCUACCCGCUUCCCUGCUGAGCCUGUGCCUGGCCCAGGCCUGGCCAAGAAGGGGUCAGCGAACUAAAGGCGGGCCCAGAAACUGCCCCACCUCUGGACCUUUGUAAAUAGGACUGGAGGGUGGCACCAGAUUGUACAGUGGGUUGUAUACAUAUGUACACAUAUAAAUAAAGUGCGUGUUACGCAUCCUGGGCUCCAGGCUCUCUGGACCUGCCUGCCACAUGUGGCAAUGGUGAGAUCUGAGCUAGAGGGUUUUAAAUGGAAAGUUGAGAGGGAAGGAAGUGCCCUUGAAGCCACCGGGCAGCUGGCAGAAGAGAAGGGCAUGAGGUGCAAAGACUCCAUUUCCAGGAGACAAAAUUCAAGAGGGGCAACACUCAGAACUGUAAUGUACCUGACCAACCAGAGAGCUUGACCCAAGGAGGAAAGGCUACCUUGCAGAGAGGUAUCACUGAGUUCUACUGUAAAUUAGAGCUAUAUAUAGAAAUAUAGCUGCACAAGGGUGGGGGUUGCCCCCAAGCAGCAGAUUAGAGGGCUUAAUACCUUGAUAAAAUGGACUGCUGAGGAAGAGCAUUGUUAAGCUAUCUUAAGUGAGGGAAUCCCCAUUUAGGGGAGAGGGGGAUGGGAGUCAUAGUGGAGAGCAUUUGGGUGAGGUUCAAUGGGGAAGAUGGAACAAGCAUUAAGUGCCUACUAUAUGCCAGGUGCUUUACAAAUAUCACAUGUAUGUAUAUAUGAUUUAUGUGUAUAUAUACUCUCAUAUUUUAUAUAUGUAUAUACACACCUCAACAGCCCCGGGAGGUAAGUGCUAUUAUAAUUUUACAAUUGAAGAAACUAAGGCAGGCAGGGGUUAAGUGACUUGUCCAGGAUCACAUAGGUAGUCUGUCUUAGGUCUGAUUUGAACUCAGGACUAAGCAACUGCAGACCCAGAGUUAUAUCCACCGUGUUGCCAAGCCGACAAAAUGGAAAGAGAAACAAAUGGUAUCUGUCAUGACGGUACACUUCAGAUCACCUGGCCAGAAGAUGAAUAAGUGUGGGGAACAGAUAAGUAGCCUGGCAAGUAAGCAUGGUAUGGGAGUUAUGGGAGAAGACAACUCUCUGCAUCUCCGCUGGAGAGAGACCUCUGCCUGAAGCAAAGAAGUGAAUUAUUGCCUUGCUGCCUCAAAGGGUAGAAAAAAGGGGAGCUUCUAUUCUGGACCUCAGCCUGACUCACCAGGAACUGGCUGUAACGUUGAAAGGACAGCAGCUUCAGGAGGGGGCUCUCCUCAGAGAUUGCCUCGAGUAGUAGAUAACAGGGCUUUGGCCAGAGUUAAAAGGCUAGGAUUCCACACCCAAGACUCUAUGGGGGAAGCAGCUCUUAGGAGACAAUUCCAGUGAAGAGAAGGACCUGCCAAGGAGUGUGCAUUGGGUUGUUUUUUAAGAUGCAAAGGAAAUGGAAGCAGGGUAAAGUUUCUAAAAAUAAAUGCAAAAAUAUGGCCCCAUUCUAUUAAGAGAAGCACUGAAUCGAAGAAUGGGCCAAGGCCAGGGCUGAGGGCUCACACAACAAAAACGUCUCUUUAAGCUGAGUUGGGGAUGAGUUGGAAGGGGCCUCAGAGAUAUCUGAUCCAACUCAUACCCAAACAAGAUAACCUCCACAACACACCACCAUAUUCCCACACAGCUAUUCCACUUUUGGACUAACAUUGUUAGGAAGCUUUUAGACAAAGCCUAAAUUUCUCUGCAACAUCCAUUUUUGCUAGUUUUGCCAUCUGGGGCCAAACAGCAUUUAUGUAAUUCCUCUCAAGAUAGCCCAUCAAAUACUUAAGGACAGUUAUCGUGUGUCCCUAAAAACUCUGUUUUUCAUCAUUCACCUUUUAAAAAUUCAUAUCUUUCAUUUUAAUGGUCAAUUUUAUUUCUGGAAAAUAUUCUCUUUAUCAAACCCAUCUCUAGUAACAGAAUAUUUCAAACAUGGGGGAGAAAAAGCAGUUGAGCAAAACCAAAGGAAACAUUGCAUCUGAAAGCCUCACCUCUGUAAAGAAAAGAGGGGAGCACACUUUGUUUACUCUCCUCAGAGGCUGAGGAUGGUCAUCAUUAUAUAGUGUUUUGUUCUUAACCAUUUCCAUUGCUGUAAUUUUCUCCCUGGUGCUUCUUGCUUCAAUCUGCUUUAGUUCACCUAAGUCUUCCUGUGCUUCUCUGAAUUAUUUAUAUUGGUCAUUCCUUACCAAGCAAUAAUAUUCCAUCACAAUUUAGUCAUUCUUGAAUUAAUAGGUGUCUACUUUGUCUCCAGAUCUUUGCUACCACAAAAAGUGCUAUCAGGGAUAUUUUGUUUUAUUCUGGAUCUUUCUGUUUUUUCACUUACUUGAAGGUAUGCACCUAAUAGAGUAGGAUCUCUGGGCAAAAGGGUAUGAAGAAUUCAGUCACCACCACACCCCAUAAUUCCAAAGUGAUUCACAGCUCCACCAAGCCUAUCUUUUUGCAGCCCCUCUGACUUAGAACAAAUUUCAUGCCCAAUUUUCUGAGGUUAAACCUCAGAGUUCUUUUGUCUUGUGUUAUCAGUGAUACUUUAAAUAAUUUUUCAUAUAUUUUCUAAUAAUAAUAGCUAACAUUUAUAUAGCACUAAUGUGCCAGGCACUGCGCUAAGCACUUUACAAGUGUUUCAUUUGAUCCUAUCAACAACCCCGGGAGGUGGGUGCUAAUAUGAUCCCCGUUUCAACACUUUUGCAUUAUUUUUUGAGAACUUUUUGCUCCUAUCCUUUGAUCACUUAUCCAUUAGUCUCCCCUCUUUCUUAAAAAAUUAAUGUCAAGGGGCAGCUAGGUGGUGCAGUAGAUAGAGCAUCGGCCCUGG